AUGAAGCAGUCGAGUAAACGCCAUAGAAAAGACGGGGCUCUACAGCAUACGGUGCUCUGGAUCGGAAUAUUGUCCGCGUUCUGUACCACAGGAUCCGCCUUUACUUCUAGUGCACUGGGUAGAACCAAACCAUCAUCCUUGCACUUGGUGCCGGGAAGUGCUGCAGUUCUGAAUUUGGGGAGACGUCCGGGAAAACGGUCCAAUUAUCUACGGCUGUCUUUACCUGCUGACAGAAGGACCAGUGUUGGUUCCAGCAAGAAUAAGGACAAUACAGAUAGCACAAACAAUGAUGCUACACAGUCAAUCGAAGGAACGAAAGAAGAUGUAAAGGAAAAGAUUCAAUUUUCACCUUCUUAUCUGGAACAGAUCGACCGAAUGAGAGGGUAUCGACGAAAGCGUCAAUGGAAGAGAGUACUGGAAGAGUAUUCCAAUGGAAAUUCCACGGAGACUACCGCACAAAAACACGCCAAGAAUCUUUUCGAUACAAUCGUCUCGCAGGAAAUGCGGGACGACAUACGAAGGCGCAAAAAGGUAUACUGGUCCGACUGGGAAGACGGAUUUAAGAACAAGCGGAAAGUCAUUCCUGCAAUUCUGUUCUUGUACUUUGCCUGUCUUUCUCCGGCGGUCAGUUUCGGUACCAUUGCUUCGGAGAUAACGCAAGGAUCGAUUGGCAUUGUUGAGUUCUUACUGAGUUCCGGUCUGAGUGGAAUGGCUUACGCGAUGAUGUGUGGACAACCCAUGGCAUUCAUCGCUCCUACGGGACUGACGCUCGCUUUUAUUUCUGGACUCUACCGUUUCUGUAUGGUCAAGGCGUUGCCUUUCUUUCCUAUCUAUGCCUGGGUCGGACUAUGGACAAGUUUUUUCUUCGUAUUACUUGGGCUUGGUGGUUCCAGCCAAUUGAUUCGCUUCUGCACUCGCUUUACGGAUGAAGUCUUUAAUGCUUUGCUCAGUGUCAAUUUUAUAUACGAAGCUGUUGCUUCCUUGAAGCGUAAUUUUGACCUGGCCGACCCCAUGAACUUAACCAUGCCCUUUGUUUCCUUGGCCAUGGCACUUUCAACUUUUUGGUGCACCGCCAAAGUUGCCGCUUUUGAAAGCAGCAAGUAUCUGAACCAAAAAAUUCGGUCGAUUGUCAAAGAUUUCGGACCCGUAACAAUCUUUAUCCUCAUGUCAAUUUUCAAUCAGCGGGCUUGGAUGAAAAAAUUUAAGGUUCCCACACUUACUGUGCCGAGCAGCUUUCAGUUGUCUGGUGGUCGUAAUUUUCUGAUCAAUCUGAACGCUAUUCCUCUCAAUAUCAAAUUGGCGUGCGUACUACCUGCGAUUCUGCUGACGAGCCUUUUUUUCAUGGACCAGAACAUUAGUGUCCGCGUCGUUAACAACCCCGACAACAAGCUCAAAAAGGGAGCUGCGUACAAUCUCGAUAUGGUAGCACUAGGACUGAUUACUAGCUGCUUAUCGCUCGUCGGCCUGCCAUGGAUGUGUGGGGCGACCGUUCAGUCUUUGAAUCAUGUACGCGCAUUGACCGAGACACGGUUCAACGAGCGCACUGGUGAACCCGAGAUUAUCGGCGUAACAGAAACGCGAGUAACAGGAUUUGCCGUCCAUGCACUAAUAUGUUCAACACUUGCCAUCUUGCCGCUACUACGAUUUGUCCCGAUCCCCGUUGUCGCCGGAGUAUUCCUAUUUCUUGGAAGGAAACUCAUGUCAGGCAACUCGUUCUUGCAACGAAUACGCGACUGUUUUGUGGAAAAGAGUCGACUCCCGGCCGACCACCCAAUACGCUACAUUGGAAGAAAGAAGACAAACAUAUUUACGGUCACACAAAUUGGAUGCUUGGGAGGACUCUGGUUCUUUAAACAGAACAGUACAACAGCUAUUUUCUUCCCAAGCGUGAUCGGACUUUUGAUGCUGAUCCGGGCCUUCGUCCUCCCCAAGGUUUUUACGGAAGACGAACUUAUCGAUCUUGGUGAUCCUUCUCCCAACUGA